AUGACUACAGAAGGAGAGGCUCACGUGCCGGCGAAGCCUGUGCCGAUACGAAGGAAGAAACAGAAGCUUGCCAAAGAGAGAGCAGGGCUUUCCAAGUUGCCUGAUCUGAAAGAUGCUGAAGCAGUUCAGAAGUUUUUCCUUGAGGAGAUUCAGCUUGGCGAGGAACUACUAGCUCAAGGUGAAUAUGAGAAAGGUGUUGAUCACUUGACCAAUGCCAUUGCUGUGUGUGGACAGCCGCAGCAGCUACUACAAGUUCUACAGCAGACUCUUCCACCGCCGGUGUUUCAAAUGCUUCUAACUAAGCUCCCUACAAUAAGCCAGAGAAUUGUAAGUGCACAGUGCUUGGCUGAAGAUGAUGUUGAAUGAGGUCACACCACAACAGGGGGGAAAAAAUGUUUUCUUACCCCAGAAGAUGAGCAUCAGUAGGGGGAUAAAGGGGCAAACAUAGUAGUUAAUGGACUGUGUACCACAUCGGGUUCUACCAGAGUUAAAAUUAACUUUGUGUAGGUGGGUUUCGCAGGAUUUUAUUUAUUAUCCCAGUGAAAAGUGUAUUUUGAUAAGAAUUCAUUUUAUAAAUACACUGUGGUGAGUUAUCAAAGUAUCACUAACUUCAUUAUUAUUAAAAUAUGCAGUUGUAAUGUUGUACAUAUAAAGACAUAAAACUACGACCUAUUAAAAACCCAAUGCUCAUUUUUGAAAAAACAAAGUUAUGGCAAUAAAGAUUUAUCUGCA